AUUUCUCGAUUAAGGUUGUGUGUGAAUAGUGUAUGAGAAACAGGAACGGAGCGGGUUGUAUGGUGAGCUGUUCCUAAACUCGCCAAAAUGACCAAGCUGGGCUUCCUCCGUUUGUCCUAUGAGAAGCAGGACACGCUGCUGAAGCUGCUCAUCCUGUCUAUGGCUGGCAUCCUCUCAUUCUCCACCAGACUCUUUUCCGUCUUGAGGUUUGAGAGUGUCAUCCAUGAGUUUGAUCCGUACUUUAACUACCGCACCACCCGCUUCCUGACAGAAGAAGGGUUUUAUAAGUUUCACAACUGGUUUGACGACCGGGCAUGGUAUCCUCUAGGGAGGAUCAUUGGUGGCACCAUUUAUCCAGGACUUAUGAUCACCUCUGCCGUCCUUUACCAUGUCCUACAUUUUUUCCACAUCACCAUUGACAUCCGUAAUGUCUGUGUCUUCCUGGCUCCCUUGUUCUCCUCCUUCACCGUCGUCGUCACCUACCACUUCACCAAGGAGUUAAAGGAUGCCGGUGCGGGGCUCCUGGCUGCUGCCAUGAUUGCCGUGGUGCCCGGUUACAUCUCUCGAUCUGUAGCUGGCUCCUAUGAUAACGAAGGGAUUGCCAUCUUCUGCAUGCUGUUGACCUAUUACAUGUGGAUCAAGGCUGUGAAGACGGGCUCAGUGUACUGGUCGUCCGUGUGCGCGCUGGCCUACUUCUACAUGGUUUCCUCUUGGGGUGGCUACGUGUUCCUCAUCAACCUGAUCCCCCUCCAUGUCCUGGUUCUGAUGCUCACGGGCCGAUUCUCUCACCGAAUCUACGUGGCUUACUGCACAGUGUACUGCCUCGGCACCAUCCUCUCCAUGCAGAUCUCUUUUGUCGGUUUCCAGCCGGUGCAGUCAUCAGAGCACAUGGCAGCUUUCGGUGUGUUUGGCUUGUGCCAGAUCCACGCCUUUGUGGACUACCUGCGCAGCAAAUUGAAUGCCCAGCAGUUUGAGGUGCUGUUCAAGAGCGUCAUCUCCCUGGUGGGCUUCCUCAUGCUGUCUGUGGGGACCGUUCUCAUGCUGACCGGUAAGAUCUCUCCAUGGACUGGUCGUUUCUACUCUCUUCUGGAUCCCUCCUAUGCCAAGAACAACAUUCCCAUCAUCGCCUCUGUCUCUGAGCAUCAGCCCACCACCUGGUCCUCGUACUACUUUGACCUCCAGCUGCUGGUCUUUAUGUUCCCAGUUGGUCUUUACUACUGUUUCAACAACCUGUCAGACGACAGAAUCUUCAUCAUCAUGUAUGGAGUCACCAGCAUGUACUUCUCAGCUGUCAUGGUACGUCUUUAAUAGUCACACGUACUU